AUGGGUCCCAGCGAGGGAAGUCCGCGACGGACGCCGGAUCCGCCUCUACCACCGCCGAUACAGCCAUGCAGCGGCUUCCUCGGAAAUGGCAAAUCGGUGAUCCGACCGAUAGCGUUUAAGCCGCUGGGUGGACGUUUAUCCGCUGGAGGCGAGCGAUAUGGAUCUACUCCCGUGCUAGCAAGUCGCCCGCCAUCCCUUAUGACUUUAUAUGGCAGUUCCUCAGAUGUCCGUGAGUCGCGUUGGUGCGGGUCGCCACAACCAGCGUCUCUCUCAGCUUUACCGCCGCCAUCGCUCUCCGCUCCACUACACCAACGGCAUCAUUCCGCUAUAGUGACCAAAUCAAGUUCCGGAUUGGGGGUAGACAGUAAGGAACCCGUUCCAGCCCCAUCUCCAGCUGAUUCCGGAGUUUCUGAACUCGAGAGAGAUCAACACGAUUAUAGUACAACAGAUCGUCUUCGCAAUCACGAUGUUCGAUUACGCGCUCCUAGGCUCAUGCUCCAAACGUAUGGAGGCAGAACAAGAGACGAAAGAGACACAGAACUGGCGAGAGUGAGAAGAGACAGAGCUCUGUUGAGGCAAAGACUAGAAGACACUGAGUGGAGCCUUUGUCAGCGUGCAGGAGAAAUUGCGCUUUUAAAAACUCAGCUUAAAGAUGCUCAGAACGAGCAAACUACUAAAGGUCAUGAGUAUCUUACAUUGAAAGCUGAUUGCCGUCAACUAAGAGAAACUCUAGAUAAAAAAGAAAAAGAAAUAAUGAGACUCAGAGCGGAAACAGACGACAAACAGAAAACAAUCAAAAGACUGCAAUCAGAAGUCGAACGACUGACAAAAGACCUUAUGAACAACGUCUCAGACCUAAAUAAGAAUAAGGAGACAAGUAAAAAUGAAAUAGAAAAAUUAAAAACAGAGUUAAAAGAGCUAAGGCAAGAGCUAUCCGAUGUGUCUCUGAGUGGAUAUGAAGGUAUCGACUGUGGGAGGACAAUGAGAGGGAUUUACGAAGUCUGUAAAACAGAGUACUGGUCGACCAACGAUAGCGCCCUAGAUGCUGAAGUACAACGGCUAAACGGAGAACUUCCUGACCCGUGCAACGAAGCCUGUCCAGCCAACGCGGUGGUAGACAGAUUGAAAUGCGAACUAGAGGCAAAAGAUGCACAGUUCAACAACGAAAGAAGAAAAUGGUCAGAAGAGAAGGACAAAGUACUGAGAUACCAGAAACAACUCCAAAUGAAUUACGUUCAAAUGUUCAAACGCUCGCGCACGCUUGAAGCAGAGAUCGACGGUUUGAGACUGGAAUUGGAACUUUGCAACAAGAACAUGAAGAACAUUAACCAUGGAAAAACCAUAGAAUUGUAA